AUAUAGGCAACUAGUAAAACAUAAAUGAGAAGGUAAGAAGUUAAUUCUUCUAUUUUUUUCUGGAAAAUUUCCUAAAUAAAGGUAAAUAAGACAGGACAGACCGGAAAAUUACCUAAUUUUUAUUGUGCAUGGUGCUGCAUUUCUAAAGUAACUUGUGAUUUUUUCGUAAAGUUUACGUUUAUAAUCGUUUGGUCUUCUCAUUUUGUGUUUGUUCUAGAAUUUGAUCCUAACGAGAUUUGACACUCGUCGAGCUUUUUAAACAAAAUCAAAACAAGUCAGUUGGAGGAAUCAUUUCAUCAUGGCAUUAAUGUUGGCAAGCAGAAUUUGUCAAGCGCCUGCUAUAAAAAGAAGCUUUAUAAAGCAACUACCAGCUCGUGCUUUUACACGAACAUAUGCAAAUGAAGGCAGAGAUGCCCUGGCUAGAGAAGCCAGGCGUAAGGCUACUUUGAAGGAAAAGGCUAUGGCACCUGCUGGAGAGACAGCUUUCAGUCUUGGAAAAGGUGCCGUAGCUGGUGCAUCAGUUGUUGGCAUUGGAGCGCUUUGUUAUUAUGGCGUUGCUUCUGGUCAUGGUGCCAGUACUUUAGAUCAAGCACAUAUGUGGCCACAAUAUGUGAAAGAUCGUAUUAAAACAACAUAUAUGUAUUUUGGAAGCUCGAUUGCUGUUACUGCUGCCAGUGCAGCGGCAGCAUUUAGAUCUCCAGCUGUCAUGAAUUUGGUAACAAGAAAUGGUUUUAUAGGCAUUGCUGUAAGUUUGGCAGCUAUUAUUGGAACUGGCAUGCUUGCUCAGGGAAUUGAAUAUAGCCCAGGUUUCGGCCCCAAACAAAUGGCUUGGAUAUUACAUGCUAGCGUCAUGGGUGCUAUGAUAGCACCAUUGUGUAUACUGGGUGGUCCAAUUUUAAUUAGAGCUGCAUGGUAUACAGCUGGUGUAGUCGGUGGAUUGAGCACUAUUGCAGUUUGUGCUCCUAGCGAUAAAUUUUUGUAUAUGGGUGGACCACUAGCCAUGGGCUUAGGAGUGGUGUUCUGCAGCUCCAUUGGAUCCAUGUUUUUGCCUCCAACAACAGCAUUAGGUGCUGGAUUAUACUCAAUUUCUCUCUAUGGCGGACUUUUGCUAUUUUCCGCAUUUUUAUUGUACGACACUCAAAGAAUUAUAGCUCAAGCUGAAAGGUACCCAAUGAACCCUGAAUUACACGGUGUACGGCCUUAUGAUCCGAUAAACAGUGCAAUUCAAAUAUACAUGGACGUGCUAAAUAUUUUCAUAAGAAUUGCUAUAAUGUUAUCUAGCAGUGGCCAAGGAAAAUGAUAGAGUAUAAUAGAAAUUUUGAAGAUACGCUUACGAAAUAUUCAGUUUCAAUUUCCAUUUAUUUGGAUACCCUCAACAUAUUCAUCAGAAUUGUAACUAUGCUGGCUAUGGGCGGAAACCAGAGGAGAAAAUAAAUAUCUAGAUUUCGUUUUGUAAUUUUCCUUAUAUUGUUAAUAAAUUAAUGAUAAUUUAA